CGAAGAACUGUUCUCCCUAUUCGUUUCUUCGUACUUGUAUUGCUUUCAUUUUACUAUCGAUGUCUCUCCUCCGUCGUAUCAUUCUAUGCCCCAUCGGCCCUGAUGGACCGUAUCCCACGAACUGGCCGUCCCCGAUACUUAGCUGAUCCACGGAGAACUGCUUCUUUUUCCCGACGUGAGAUACUACCUACAUCUACAUACGUCAGAGUCACCUUGACGGGCCCGGAAUGCAGGGUCACCAGGAAUAUGAACUCGCCGAGCUCGAGCCACGUGCGUCGGUCCAUCGAGGCCCAGAGACGGAUCGGCAAUCUAGGCCGUCGGAUGUCGCUUCCAGCUCCCGGUCGACCCGCUCGGGUUGGUCCCUACGGCGCUUCUGGACGGACCAUGUAAAUUGCGUCGUCAACAUGGACAAAAGUCGUGAUCACUUGGCACUGGAACGGACAUAUCUCGCCUACCUCAGGACGGCUCUUAUGUCAGCCAUGACCGGGACUAUUGUGGCCCAGCUCUUCGUCCUGCAGCAGCCGCCUUCUGGCUUUGGCUACGGGACAGUCGGAAGACCUCUGGCCAGCGUCUGCUACGGGUUUUCAAUCUGCACCGUUCUUCUCGGGACAUGUCGCGCAUGGCGACAUCAACACGCCAUGAUCGGUGGGAAGGCCCUCACCGGUGGGUUUGAGAUUGUCGUAUUGGCCAUCGCGUCUCUGCUUGUGGGUUUUGCCGUUGGCCCCCCAUUGACCCGCCCCUCGUCCAAAGGGACGAAAGCACACGCCGUUGCUCGGAAACUGACGCGGAUCCGCUUAGAUUGCGCUGGUCUUCUUUGGCUUCCUAGUCGGCAUAGAUGUCGUCGUAGGAAACAGCUCCAACGGCAGUACGCCAUAACAAUUAUCGCGCCACUGGCAUAGGCGGGGGACUAGGAGCUGCCAGUUGUAGCGCAAAGAUACAAACUGGGCCAUCAUGCAGGCUAGGGGGCUAGAUUCUACUUGUUGUUUGCCGCUGCAGCUGGCUUUAUUUACAGAGUCAGGCCCCCGUGUUACUUCGUACGCUGUGGCGUAUGCGCCAGCGUCCAUACCCGUUGGACGUGCAGCACCCGAAACAGCAACUCUUGUCCGGGCCAGGAACGGUCUGCUGGCCAGCUCUUGACCUAUCGAUCGAUACACU